AGAGUGAAAGCAAAAGUCGUAAAGCGUAAAAGCAAAAACGUCAAGACUUGUACUACUCGACAGAGCAGUGAUGAUGUGUUUAGUCCGGAUUCUUGGAGAGAGUCGAGGGACAGAGACAGAGACAGAAACAGAGAUGGUGUAUGCAGGGCUAAUCCACCUCUUUGUUACAGUGUUUCUCUAUCACUUCGCGACCUUCAUGGUCAUUCCGGCCAUCACCGACGUCACAAUGUCGGCGAUUUGCCCGGGAAAAGAUGAAUGCUCCAUCGCCAUUUACCUCAGCGGAUUCCAACAGGCGAUAACAGGGGUGGGGUCGCUCGUCAUGAUGCCUUUGCUUGGGAACCUCUCCGACGAGUACGGGAGGAAAACUCUGCUCAUUCUCCCAAUGACUCUCAACGUUGUUCCACUAGCUAUAUUGGCAUGCAGCAGGACGAAGAGCUUCUUCUAUGCAUACUACGUGCUCAAGACACUCACAGCCAUGAUUUGUGAGGGCAGCGUUCAGUGCCUUUCUUUGGCUUACGUGGCAGACAAUGUUCCACAUGGCAAACGAAUAUCGGCAUUCGGAAUUCUAGCUGGCACCGGGUCUGCGGCUUUUGUCUGUGGAACUCUAACUUCUCGCUUCCUCUCUACUUCCUCCACAUUCCAGGUUUCUGCGUCUGUAGCGGUGCUCGCAGCUAUGUACAUGAAAGCUUUCCUCAAGGAAUCGACCUGUGAAGAUUUGGAGAAUAUGAAGCAAGAUGUCUCUCAAAAGACCCCUCUUGUUACUUGUUCCAAUGGAGAAGAUUCCUCAAGCAAAAUCUUUAAAACGAUUCCCUCGAUCGAAGAUAUGAUUUGUUUAUUGAAGAGUAGCUUGACAUUCUCACAAGCAGCAAUUAUCGCAUUUUUCACCAGUCUUGCAGAGGGUGGCCUUUAUACUUCACUAUUGUACUAUUUGAAGGCAUCAUUUCACUUCAGCAAAGAUCAGUUUGCUGAUCUAAUGCUAAUAGUGGGGAUUGCAGGGGCAUUCUCACAGCUGGUUCUCAUGCCCACAUUGGCACCUGCUAUCGGGGAGGAGAAGCUUCUAGCCAUUGGGCUCUUUGCAAGUUGCACACAUAUGUUUCUUUAUGGAAUAUCAUGGUCCUCUUGGGUUCCUUAUGUUUCAGCCAUGUUCUCUGUUUUGGGUGUUCUUGCAAACCCCUGUAUCAGGAGCAUUGCAUCUAAGCAAGUUGGGCCCAAUGAGCAGGGGAAGGCUCAAGGGUGCAUCUCAGGCAUAAGUUCUUUUGCCAAUGUUGUUUCUCCAUUAGCUUUCACUCCUCUAACAGCUUUGUUCCUGUCAGAAAAUGCCCCUUUUCAUUUCCCAGGUUUCAGUAUUGUGUGCAUUGGGUUUGCAAUGAUGGUAGCCUUCAUACAGAGUAUUAUGAUUAGGGCUCCUACUGCAAGCCACAAAAUCAGCAGCAACAGCCUCUGUUAAGGCCUAAUCUUUUAAGAUGAGAAUGCCUAUAAAGUACAGAAGAUCCAUCUGUGGCCUUUAACAUUACUCCUGGAGUAGCCAUUGCAACCUCAACGCCUUUAAGCACAGGAAAAAAAAAAAGCUGAGACUGGUUGCUGAUCAUCUUGAUUCAAGCAGUCAUCAGACAGCUUAAGAUUUCAUGCCUGUCAUUCAUAGAAUUUUGACUGCAUUUGGUGGUUAGAAUCUUUCCAGUUGGGUGCCAAGUGCAAGUUGAAGUCGCAUUACAGGAAUCCAUGACUUUGACUUUGAACCCCGAAAACAUACUAAUGCUCUCUCUCUCUCUGGCCUGUAUAUAAUCUGGCUUGUAAAUGCCCAUUCUUAUAUGCUUAUAAUCUAAUCCUAGUAUUUUGUUAUCAUA